UUUCUGUCAUGCCUUCUUCACGUGCAAAGCCCAUACCUAUAAAAAGUUUGACAAUAUAUCUACAACCUACAAAAGUCCCAAAAAGGCAUUAGUGGCUUAGUGUUGAUGCAUUAAUGUCAGCCUGGUUUGGUCAGAUGUUGAUAUGGUUGCUCUUCAUCAGGACGUUUCUUGUCUCCGCUACCGUUACAUCGGAGAACAUAACGGUAGCUCAUUGCAGCGAAUUAUAGGCCAACGGAAAUUCUUAGCUUCCACAACUUGUCAGAAACCAGAUCAAGAUGGACCUCAAAAAAAAACUCAUCACGACAGAAGGAUUCACAGUAAUGCAGAGUCGUUGUUAAGUUUUAGCAGUGGCUUCCAAAACUAUCGCGGCAUUUUAAAUAAUUGUAUAGUUUUGCUGAUUCUGUCAAGUUUCCGAUUAGCUUUGGAUAACUUGUUAAAAUAUGGCAUCCUUUUUGAUCCAAUAUCUUGGAUGGUCACGUUUCUAUCUGGUCCACAGAAAUGGCCCUGUGCCUGUUUAGUGCUAGCUUCAAAUGUGAAUAUUCAAAUCAUGUUCAUCGUUGAGAAAUUCAUGUCAAAGGGGAACCUAAACAUAAUUGGAGGCAUCAUUCAUACCAUAAAUCUUGCAUGUCUGCUCAUAGUUCCUGCAGCUGUUGUCUUGAGCUUCCAACCUCCACCAUGGUACUCAUGUAUAGCACUUGUGUGGUAUACAAUUUUAUGGUUAAAGUACAUUUCCUAUGUAUCAGUGAACAAAUGGCUAAGGGAAGGAAGCAUGAGCAAUCCACCACCUCUAACCCGGCACAAUGAUGACGAAAAUGGAAAAGUAGCAAAUGGUGGCACACAUACCUUAAAAUUAGUUAAAUAUCCGGAUAACUUAACUCAGACAGAUUUGUAUUAUUUCCUAAUGGCACCCACGUUGUGUUACGAACUGAAUUUUCCACGAUCCGAUAAAAUAAGAAUAAGAUUUCUCAUGAGAAGAAUUGCAGAGUUUUUAUUUUUGAUUGGUGUGAUUUUGGCCAUUGUCCAACAAUGGAUGGUACCAACGAUAAAAAAUUCUUUCAAACCGUUCCAAGAAAUGGAUUAUCCUCGACUGAUCGAAAGAAUAAUGAAACUAGCGGUUCCCAAUCACAUCAUGUGGCUGUUAUUCUUCUACUGCUAUUUUCACUCGUUUCUCAACAUCCUGGCAGAAAUACUGAAAUUUGGAGAUAGAACGUUCUAUAAAGAUUGGUGGAACGCCGCCACAGUUCAGGAGUUUUGGAAAACCUGGAAUAUCCCAGUGCAUCGCUGGGCACAACGACAUCUUUACUUCCCUUUGAGAAGAAGAGGUUACUCUCAGCUCACUGCGAGUGUCUUAGUCUUUUUGCUUUCGGCAUUUUUCCACGAGUUCUGGGUGAGCAUUCCGUUGCAGAUGUUCAGAACUUGGGCAUUUUUUGGAAUCAUUACACAGGUACCUUUGGCAAUAUUCACCAGUUUUCUACCGAAGAACACAGUGUAUGGUAAUGUCGUGGUAUGGCUAUCCCUGAUUUUGGGCCAACCAAUCGCGUGCAUGAUGUACGGCCACGAUUAUUACGUCAUGCACACGCCAUCUUGAGAAUGGAUAAUUCUCCUGGAAUGGCAAUACAUCAACACCAAACCGUGCGAAGAUGUGGACAUUUUCAAAUCGGGAAAAUCAAUAUCAACAAAGAAAUCCAAACAUUUGCUGCUAAACCAAUCGAUCGUUUUCACGCGAAGAAUUCAAAAAUCGAAGGCUUACCCUUUAACUAGCAUGGUUAUAAAGGGCGCUCCUGCCAUAUCGAGUGAAAAAGUGUGGUUUUAGAACAGGGCUUUGAUUUCGCAUACGCGAAAACGGUCUACACAUAUUUAGCCUUUAGC